CAAACCCAACGCGCGCGACACGCGACGUCGCACGUCGCUCCGACGCCGUCGCAUCGUCGCGUCCCCGCCGCGCACCGCGCACGCAUCGCGCGAGACCCGUCCGCGCGCACGCAUCGCGCGCGCCGCGUCGCCAGAUUCGCGAAGGAUUGACCCGCGGGCUUUUCGUCUCCUUCGACCGUUCAACGUUCACAAAUGACGAUGGCGACAGCCGCGUCCUCCGCGCUCGCGUCGCCCCGCGCGACGUUCAGACGCGCCUCUAAACGCGCGAUCUCGCGCCGCGCGCGCGUCGCGACGACGACGCGCGCGUCGACGUCGAGCGAUUACACCGUCCCGACGUCCCUCGUCGGUCUCUCCGACGCGUCCCCGGACGCGCCGCCGAUCGUGAAGUACACGAUCCGCUUCUACACGGGCUCGAAGAUGGGCAGCGGCCUCUCCGCCCCUGACGCGGGCGUGCAAGUCAUGCUCAUCGGCGCGGACGGCCGAGCGUUCAUGCAACGCGUCGAUCGGUACCCCGAACUCACGCCGCUCUCGUCGGACUCCUCCCGCGACGUCGCGCUGUACUCCUCCCCGCGGUUCGAGAGAGGGGACGUCGACGAGGUGACUUUCGACGCGCCGGACAUCGGCGCGCCCGCCGCGCUCUGGAUCGCGCCGGAGUCGCACGGGGAGUGGUACCUCGAGGAGGUGGAGGUGACGUGCUCCCCCGGGUCGUCGAUGGCGACGGCGGCGGCGAGCGAGGGCAACGCGGGGACGAUGUCGUUCCCGUGCAUGGACCUCGUCGGCGGCCGCGACGCCGCGCUCGAGUUGAGGCCCUCCGAGUUUAAGCGGAUGACCGCGGAGCAGCGCGCGGCGAUGCGCGAGGAAGGGUUGCGCGAGUACGGCGAGUUGAAAUUUCGAAUGCUGGCGGCGACUGGCGCGAGCGUCGUCCUCGGCUGCGGCGUGACCGCCGCGCUGUCGCACGGCGGCGACGGCCUCGAGACGAUGAAAGCGUUCGCGUCCGGCGGAGGCGUGGGGUUGAUCUACCUCUACAUGCUCACGCGGAGCGUGGACACGCUCGGCGGAGGCGCCGCCGCCGGAAACGGCGGCGAGGCGCGGCCCGUCGCCGCCGUCGCGCUCGACGCCGUGACGUCGUUCGCCUCGAGCGGGCCGAUGCGGCUGCUGCUGCUCGGUCUCGUCGGCGCCGCCGCCGCGCAUCACGUCGACGCCGCGCAGGCGAUCGACGCGACCGGGCAGCAUACGGCGUACGGCGAAGCCCUCGCCGCGGUGCUCGGAUUUUUCACGUACAAAGCCGGCGUCCUCGUCGCCGGAUUCAGCGGGUUGAACACGCCGCCGCCGUCGCCGGGCGUCGACGCGUCGAACAACAUCUCCGCGCGGCCGGUGCCGAUCCGCGUCGAGGUGGACGAGACGAGGUCCUCGCGCACGAGGUCCUCGCGCUGACGAGACGGAGGACGAUGGACGGCGUCCGUCCGCGGUGUAAGAGUAACCCGAUGAUUCUUGUAAAAUGCAACGCAACGCACGAUAAAAC